GUGCAUCGCCACCAAAUGUCUCGAGUUACGGGAGGAUAUCAUGCGUCAUCCGGGUCCCCUUAGCCUUUCCGUCCACGUACGAUUUUUCGUGGACCAGGUUCACAUGCCCGUUUCUACGAGUAUGUCCCCACUACUCCGGAAGGGCCUUUGGUGCCUGCGCCCAAGAUUUCAAUCCUCACUCCCAUGAGAUGUUCGUUGUACCCACCGACCUAGUAUUUUCCUGUGAUAUGUUUACUUGAAGAUUGCUAUCAUAUGGCAGCAUUUGGGUGAUUCCCACGGCUCGAGGUUCAUUCGCCGCAGCCAGAUUGGUAGCCCACCAGCACGAACUGUUUGGCUCGGGCAAUUCACUCUGUCUAUCGUCGUGACCCAUCCUCUCAGCGGCCAUGAAGCUGGAACUCAGUCUACUACUUACCAGUCUCGCUUUGAGCGCAGCACAGGUGACUCUGACUGGUACCAAUACUGAGGCAGCCACAACCACCAUUCCAGAUUAUCGAACGAGCGGAGUGACCUAUCGAGACGAUGCCUCAACGUUCACUAUAACAGCCACCGGCAGUUUUGGUUCGGUGACUGAGCUGGUCACGACUGUUGGGGCGGGUAACGCUACAGCCUCAGGGUCAAAUGGAACGGUAACAACAAAUUCGACCACAAGCGCUACUCAGACACUUCUGGUCGGCUCCGCUCAAUCCACGACAGUCAAUGGCACAGCAUCUGGAAAUGCUACCGCCUUUGCCACCACCAGUGCCCCCCAACCUACCAACACCGUGCCCUGUAAUGGAUUCGUCGAGUUUUGUCAAAGACAGUACAGCAACAUUACCCACGUUGGGGCGCAUAACAGCCCUUUUGUGAGGCCUGGAAACCUAGCCUCAAAUCAAGAGUUGGAUGUUACCACACAAUUGAACGAUGGGGUCCGAAUGUUACAAUUCCAGACUCAUUAUGAGAACGGCACCAUCCAUCUAUGUCAUUCGUCUUGUGAGCUUCUUGAUGCAGGCACCCUCGAGGACUACUUGCGGACUGUGACUGUUUGGCUCAAAGCAAAUCCCUCCGAUGUUGUCACAAUUUUGAUGGGUAAUUCCGACGUCCUGAAUCCAGAGAACUACACGGCUCCAGUCAUCAACUCGGGACUGAUUGACUUUGUCUACACUCCACCAACAGUGCCAAUGUCGUUAGAUUCAUGGCCAACAUUAGGAGAGAUGAUUAUCACUCGACAACGCGCGGUAGUCAUGCUCGACUACGAGGCCAACCAGGAGGAAAUCCCUUGGCUGCUGGACGAAUUCUCUCAAAUGUGGGAGACUCCUUUCUCUCCUACCGAUCGUGACUUCCCCUGUACCGCUCAGAGACCGCCAGAUGACUCAGAUGAGGUCCGUCGUGAUCGGAUGUUCAUGAUGAACCAGAAUCUGAACAUCGAUAUCAACCUCGCAGGUCUGAGCAUUGACAUUCCCGCAACCAACAUACUCAAUGAAACCAAUGCUGUCGACGGCUACGGCUCUGCCGGUUGGAGUGUUCUCAACUGUACACGAGACUGGGACCGCCCGCCGACGUUCUUACUCGUCGAUUAUUAUAACAUUGGCAACUUCAACGGCAGCGUCUUCCAAGUUGCUGCCGACGCCAACAAUGUCACAUAUGACCGCUCCUCGUGUUGCGGUCUAGCAGAAAGUCCGUCUCGACGUGGCGAUGGAGGAAGAGAAGUGGUCAAUGCGAAGAUUUUGGCAUUGAUUUUGGGUAUUGCCUCGAUGAUUCUCUUUUUAUAAGUGAACCUGGGCUGUCUGUCUCGAGUUCCAGGAAUUCGGUUGUUAUGAGCAUUUGAUUGUCUGCAUAGCGCUCGGUGUCGCGUCUGGGCUAUAGUCUGUACCCAUGAGGAUUUAUUAGAUUAUGAUUGUAAUAUACGUUGGAUGAAGUCUCCUUCAUUGAUCGUUUCAUUUUUGACCAUCCAUAUGCAC